AUGCAAGACCCCGUCGGAAAACCAGCUGUGGACAAGCAAGAUGACUCCACCGCCGUCACAAGGUCCGGCCAAAGCAUUUUCAUGUCCGUUUACAAGACAAAAGUGGCUGAUCAGUGUUGGUUGAUCACCAUCACUUGGUGCAAGAACAUGUUGCUUCACGGCUUAUCAGUAUCCAUAGAUGGACCACAACCCGAAACCACUUGCAAAUUCGAGCUCAAACCAUGGUAUUUCUGGCGAAAACAAGGAUCCAAAAGCUUUGUUUUGGAUGGUAAGUCAAUCGACGUUUUCUGGGACCUGAAAUCUGCAAAAUUCCAUGGCGAAACUGAGCCAACCUCGGAGUACUAUGUAGCAGUUGUUUGUGAUGACGAAGUUGUUCUUCUACUUGGUGAUUUGAAGAAAGAUGCUUACCGGAAAACAGGUUGCAGGCCGGCGUUGAUUGAUCCGGUUUUGGUGUCAAGAAAAGAACAUGUUUUCGGGAAGAAGAAGUUCAUAACACGAGUUAAGUUUCAUGAAAAGGGUGGAUUCCAUGAGAUAUCGAUCGAAUCAAAGAACACGAGUACAGAUCAUGGGGUUGAUACGGAAAUGGAGAUUAGAAUUGAUGGGCAUUUGAUGAUUCAUGUUAAGCAUCUUCAGUGGAAAUUUAGAGGUAAUGAAUGCGUUAAUUUAAAGAACGUAAAGCUCGAAGUAUACUGGGAUGUUCAUGACUGGCUUUUCAAUCAUGGUUUAAGACAUGCAGUUUUUAUAAUUAAUUCAACCACUCCGGCAGCUUUUCCGGCGACACCAUUGUCAUGGAGUUGUGAUUCAUCAGAAGGGUUUGAUUCAAGUGGAUUAUAUGAGUUUUGCCUUUUUCUUUUUGCUUGGAAGGUUGAAUGA